AUGGAAGCAUUUGGACUGCCCGCCGCGUUCGGCAAAGCAUCAGUGCCAAAGACUGGGAAGGCAAAUGAUGGACCGUCCCGAGGUACACCGUCAGGCCGAGGUCCACGAGGUGUAGUCGGUGGUAAAAGAGCGAGAGGCAGAGGCAGAGGUGACAAAGGGGACGGAGGAGUCUCUCACUUGCAAACUGAUGAAGGACUGAAUACUGGAGUCAAGGUGAGAAAGCCUGACGUGUACGCCCGGCUGAGAUCAAAGCGGCCACAUCCCCAUUCUGCAAAUCACGGUAGAACGAGCGAUUCAGGUUGGGGAGGAAGAGCAGAAGCGAGAGCGAAAGGUGGAUUGGGGACGGUCACUGCAUUUCCACCGAGGGGCGGGAGAGGUGGUGGAAGAGGUGGUGUAUACGGUGCUCGGAGUGGAAACUCCGGGGAGAGCGGGAACGACUCAGAAGGAUACUUUCAACCUAGUUUCUGUGAAGACCCUUGGAAAGACCUGUUGAAAGCGAGGGAACGUGACGCAAAGGGAUGA